AUGGCAAAACGUCCCAGACGAGACUCUGCCGACUCUGAGCUGAGCGUGCCAAUCCUGACUUACCAGGAAGGCCCCGGACGAAGAAGCUCAUCUGUGGCACCCGUGGCCAAGAUCUCAUCGUCCUCAACAGAAGAACCCCAGGCGCGAACCAUGACGAUGCAUUGCUCGCUCCCGCCACAUCGAGAUACCAUUGAUUUCGCCUCCUACGACGAGUACGAAACACAUUACCUCCAGAUGCAUGUGAAUCGCUGCUCGGAGUGUUCAAAGAACUUUCCCACGCUGCAUUUUCUCGGCAUCCAUAUCGAGGAAAACCACGAUCCGCUCAUCUUGGCUCGGCGAGACCGAGGUGAGAAGACAAACUACAAUUUCUUCAUCGUCAACGACGGCGUCGAUAAACAAACAUCCCUGCUUCGACUUUCGAAUAAUGGGCCCCGACGGCGUUCCCUAAUAUCGACUUCUCAGUAUCCGCUAGAAGGUCGACUUCGAAACCGAAAGACGUCGCUCUCUUCUUCUCUUGACGUUUCUGGCCAGAAUACAGUCGAGAAGAAUAAAAAGGAAGGUGACACAGAGCAGCAAAUGGACUCUUUGACGUCGUCCAUGUCUGCGUUGAAUUUUGUGCCGGCGAGUGUGACGAGGAGGUUGGAGGAGGAGUCGCACAGGAAGAUGGACCAGGGAUAG